AUGCCUACGACUAAUGAGGUGGAACACAAUUAUGAUCCCUUGAAUCAUCAUCUUCAUUCCUUUCGCCAUUCAGGCCCGAAUCCGCAAUUCCCUUUGGUUAACUCUCUUGAGGCGGACACCUCUGGUAGGGAGUUUGGCAAUAACGAAUCUCCCAACCCUUCGUCACCCUUGUCUCCCCGUCUACCGCUACUUCCCGUGACUACCUACAAAGCCCCUGGUCCACCUACAUCUCCUCGACAGUUGUCAAUCACCACAAACUUUACAGGUCUAAAUUUCAGACGGCAUCACCCCCCGACGAGCGAUGAGGCUUCUCCCGACCCCCGCGAAUUCUACCUGCAGUACAAUGACUUUUUCGGUGGUGAUGGCCAUUCUGCCUUCGAUGGUGAUAUGACUUCCACCUCAUAUGCAAAAAAAUCGAAUAUCUCCACUGGCGAUUAUCACAACCACUCUCCAACAUCUCACCGCGCUCGCUUCCCCUCUCGUUCUCGUCCAUACCACCCAACUUCUUCUAAUUUCCCGCAAACCGCCGUUUUUAAUACCGCACGCCCAAGUUCAGUCAACUCUUCUGGGACGGGAAACCAACAAAGGCAAUCGUCGUUGAAGGAGCUAGUGGAUAAGUUCAACCAAAAUUUCGAUCAGGUUCCCCCUAGACCACCAGAUUCUCUUACAUCUUCUAGAGACGGCAGCCCUAGUCGUCGCGGAAUUGCCCAUUCUCGUGCCUGUAGUACGCAACAACAGUUCCAGAAAGGGCGCGGUGACCGGGCAGAUUUCCGAUCCCCUCCUCGACCUCGACAUCCUGGACGGCACAGCCAGUCUUCAAUAAAUGUAAAAGAGAGCGCAUCGAAUUCGUUCGGAUCACCUCCAAGUAGGCGACUUUUGUUUGGAGAAAUCAUCCCAACCCACACUCGGCCUCCGGUUCAUGCCACUGAUGCCGCAUCGCCUCGCUGGCGCAGAGGGUCUGAUGGUGACAUGCAUAUGCCUAAUCCGAUGUUCGUUGACUUGCCUAUAGAACUCGAUAGUGCAAUCUCUCCAACAUCACCUACUGCCUGGUAUCUUGGAUACGCUUCACCUUUUGACAUAUUGAAUACUACAAAACACCUCGUUACCCAUCGCAGAUCUCGAAGCGACUUGGUCACAAAACCUUCCACCACCACUCCCACCACUAACCCUGAGAUAUCAGACCCAAGCAUGGGUAUCGCCAUCAACCAAGCCGGCCUACAGCCGGCCGUUACCAUCGGAACCCGCCCCAAGUCAAACUCACAGUCGCGUAUCCCCGUCUCAACACGUCGCUUCAGCCAAGCUUCAGACUCAGGUGGUUCUACGCCUUCCACAAGGGCGAAUUCAGCCAUGGAUCGACAUAACAUCCAAAUAACUCUUCCCCCGAAGGGCAUGAGUGCGCUUCCCAAACGUUCCCCGAGAAAUUCCCCGAGUUCCAAAACCCCAUCUACGAGCUUAAUAGUGACAUCACCUGCACGGCAUAAUCGCGGCCAGAAGCUCCACCUCGGCCCUGAUAAAAGCCCAACACUUAAUGCUUACAUAUCUGCCCCACCCCCGAAGAAAUCCCCCCCACUUCGCAGUUCGAGACCUCGCCAACCGGUGUCGUCGGCGACAACUUCAGCGUCGCGUGCAAGAGUAGUGGAUAGGAUUUCCAGUCUACAAAACCAGUCUAAUGCGUCCACUAGGGAUUCCAAACCUUCAAGGACAAAAUCAAGACGGCUACCGGAACUAGGGAAUGUUGAUUUUGCUGCCCGUCGGCAGAAAAUCCAACAAGCAUUUAAUAAAACAGUGGAAGAAAAUGCGAGAAAGGAAGAACGUGCAGUUCUACGUCGUCAGACGGUUAAAGAGAAAGCCGCAAGAGAUGUAGGUGCGGCCUUGACACUUGCGACCGCCACGGCCGCCGCGCCUGGAGAACAACAACAAAAGAAGCCACAUGCAAAUGAAACGAACGAUCCACUGCCUGCUACUCUAAUUGAAACCCGAUCAGACGCUCCUGACGUUGGAGAUGAUCAAGAGACAUUCGUUACACCCAAUGAAGGACGCUCCCCGGACCUGACCAACAUGGUUGCAGAACAUCUCGAAACGGGCCGCGGUGUGACAUUAGAUGCGGAUAACAACAGUUACUCGGCUACGGAACAAGAUGAGAAGUCAAUCAGCCAAUUAGAUAUUCCCAGAAGCCAAACACCCUGUUCUGAUGCUCCCGCCUCUGCGGUGACAGUGGGUACCGACAUUACCACGUUUGAUCAGGAGCCACAAACAGAUUUUCCCCAACCAACCUCUCAGAUUCAUCGAACAGUACUCAGUCAAAUCAUGCAGAUGAGAGAAUCCAGCCCGAGUAGUUCCUCGUCUUCCGACUCCUUCUCUGAAAGGGACGACAAAGAGUCAAUCCAAAUCAUGCUUCGGCGAAGUCACUACUUUGACGAAUCACAGUACAACAGCAGUGACAACCUAGAACCUUGCGAGACCGCAGAUGAUUCCAGGAGCGAUGUGGACCGUCAUCGAUGGAGCAUGAGUUCUUGGAGCUCCUCUCUUCAUGAUCGACAGUCCAUGGACGGGCCGCUGGGGCGGAUCACGGAAAACCCACCUGAGACUGAUGCUCAUACCUUCAUGCCUAUGGGCGAAAGUAGUCAAACUCUCCAACUCCCAGUACCGCGUGCUGAUUCCCCCACAACUGGAGAAAUUGCAAUUCAACGCGACGCUCGCGAUGUUCCGAGCGAACCCACUGCCCAUAAUGUUCGGUAUACAACGCAUAUGAUGCAGCAGUAUCCCGAUCUAGCCAAGCAAGGUGGUUGGAACUCGAAACGCGUAACCCAACUUUUCCUUCAAGAGUUAGGAUUCGAGGGAUCACAUUUGCUCAAAUCUGAUUUUGGGAUCGCUGCGCGGGUCCAAACAAGUCGUCCUUCUUCUCGGGGCGAUGAUUCCCACAAGAACGAUGGCCUGAGUGAAGAUCCUAUUAUAGUACCUGAGUCCAUACAAGUUCCAAGGUCGGAGUACGUACAACACCGGGCGAGCUUGAGCUUUAGAGAAGACUGGGAGAAGGCUUCUCCAUCCGUUGUGGAUUGGAUGCACCUUGCGGCAUCAGAAGGAGGCUCGGAAAACUCACCCAACGUUGUUCGUGAGGGAGCAGAAACCCCGAGGCUCGCUACUACAGGCUCAAAUUUUCCAACCGAAGAAGAAUCCGUGGAAGGCCUAGGCCUUUCCAUUCACGUUCAGUCUCCUCAGGACGACGACUCACCUACCAUCCCUCCGCCCCCAUUACCUAGCCAUCCUCCUCCACCUAUUCCCCAUUCUUCGAGCUCCCUCUCCGAGAUACUUCCCGAACCAACGUUACAUCCACCUGUACAAUCAUCUCCAAGUAUAUACUCGAAUAAUCCGCCCUCCACCAUCCCGCCCAGCGUCCCACGGAUCCCACCAAUAGACCAUAUGUCAAGGGUACGAAAUAGUGAAGAAUCUCUGCAUCAGGCCUCUGUGGUACCAAUCCCACAAACACUGGCAUCGUCGGCUACAUCACAAACACACUCAAGCGCGGGUCAACCUAUUGUUGGAGUCCCGGCGGAGAAAUCUUCUCCUUCCCCAGAAGAGCGCCGCCUCAAAAAGCGAAAGCAUGUCAUCAAGGAGCUAGUGGAUACAGAGCACACUUUCGGUCAGGACAUGACAGUCGUUGUCGAUAUUUACAAGGGAACAUCUAGUUCAUGUUUGGACUUGUCUCAGGACGACGUCAAAACAUUGUUUGGUAAUUCCGACCAGGUUGUGCAGUUUUCAAUGGACUUUCAGGAUUCUCUGAAACGCGCUGCAAAGAGUGUUUAUGUAUUACCACAGUCCCAGCGAUGGAAGAGCAAGCGUGGCCAUAGAUCUACCCAGAUGAACGGUUCCACGACAGAUAUCCCAUCCAAUCCAUCCUCGGAAGCUGCAGACGAUGAAAAAGACAGACAAACUUCGAUUGGCCAGGUUUUCGUUGAGCAUAUCGAACGGAUGGAGAAAGUAUACUCUGAAUACCUGCGGAAUCAUGAUGCGGCUAACAGGACUCUUGAGGUCCUUAUGCGUAAGAAUAAUGUUAAUAUAUGGCUGAAGGAAUGCCGGGACUGGGCCGUGGAUCUGACAUCAGCUUGGAACUUGGAUUCCUUACUUGUGAAGCCUGUUCAGCGUAUUGUCAAGUACCCACUACUGCUAACAGAGCUGCUCAGCGCGACUCCCCCAGACCACCCAGACCAUUCUGCCUUGACAAAUGCCUUGCGCGAAACAACCAGCAUAUCUGUAAGGAUCAAUGACAUGAAGAAACGGGCCGAUGUGGUAGGCCAGAUCGUCAGCGGUCGAAAACGCAAGGAAUCUGACGUCCGGUCAGGACUUUCGAAAGCAUUCGGGCGGCGCACAGAGAAAAUUAAGGCUCAAGUCGGCAUCACAGACGUAUUUGAAGAUAAGGAAUUUUCUAUACUCUCUUCCCGGUUUAGUGACAAUUUCUUCCAGCUCCAAUUGAUCAUGCGGGAUGUGGAACUCUAUACUACCGAGGUUCAAACUUCCAUAAAAAAGUUUCAUGAUUAUAUCCUCGCGAUCGAGGCAUAUAUUAGUGUUGCGCCCUCGAAUUAUCCUGAGUUGGAAAGCAAAUGGUGUCGGUUUAGGCUUGCUGUCAAAGACGUUCUGACUGUGGCGCUUGUUGAUCAUGUUUCUGCUGUCAGGAAAAACGUUAUUCUCCCAAUGGUCACGCUCCUAAAGCUGCAUGAUGGUCCUCAGCGGGUAAUGCAGAAACGAAACAAACGUUUGAUGGAUUAUGUCCGCUACAAAACGCUCAAAGAACGUGGGGAUAGGGCAGACAAAAAGACCACAGAGCAAGGGGAACAAUUCAUAGCUUUAAAUGUGACUCUUAAAGAGGAGCUGCCAAAGCUUAUUGCCCUAACUGGGAAACUGACAGAUGCGUGUCUGCAUAACUUCGUGGAGCUUCAGAAGACUUGGCUAAGCCUCAUACAAAAGCGACUGGGGUACAUUUUUGAGCGGACGACAAUCUACGGCCUGGACCAAAUUCAGUCCGAUUGGGCAGCAGACUUCUCGUUUAGCGAUGCUCAAGUCUUGUCAUUGGGUAUAUGCAAUGGUUCUAUUCUUGCAGACGUUGCCAACGUUGCUGGGUACAAUUCACCCUCAGCUUCAGCUUCCAAUGGGGCAGAUGGGUCGUCAUCAUCUCGCAGACCGUCAACAGUAAACAGCGCGAGCAUUCACAAUGCCAAUACCAAUCGAGCAGCUUCCUUUGAGCAAAGCAAUUCCCCGAAGAUCUCCCAUGAAUUUGGCACCAGCACACCCGGUAGCUUCAUACAUUCUCCACCGGCCGAUAACUUUAUCCAGCAAUACAAUGGCUCUCAGGUAUUCUCGAAUGCACGAAUGCGCACCAACUCUGGCUUUACUGGCCGCGCGUCCGGCGUAUCCGAUGCUUCGAACGGGCCUGUCCUACCGUCCAUGACAGCGCUAGUCAACUCGGGUAAUGGCACCAACACCAGCCGAUCCUCCGACGCGACUCCGUCACUACCGCAACUCUCUCUCGAUACCCCGAUGCUGCAAGAUUUCCUCGCCGAUCCACUAAUGGCAUUGCAUAACCGCGGCACCCCUCCUGACCCAGCCCUUCACCCCUCCUCGCCCAUUGUUGCACGAUCGGGCAGCUUCUUUUCGUCUGCAAUGCCCAUGAACGAGUCGCCGCGGACGGCAACUCCAAUACCUGACGACGAGGAACAAAACGACCCAGCUGUUCUAUUUCCCGUUGCGAGCUUGUUUGAAUUUAACAUCGACCGCGCGCGUCGAGAGGCCGGGUAUCCCUACCUGACAUACGUUGCAGGGGAGAUAUUCGAUGUCAUUGGCGAGAAGGGUGAUUUGUGGCUUGCGCGGAACCAGGACGAUCCGACGCGUCAAGUAGGAUGGAUAUGGACCAAACAUUUUUCGAAACUUGCUGGAUAA